AUGUGUAGUGCAUUUUUGUAAAUUAUUAAGAAGCAAGGGAUUUCAAACAGUAAAGCUGAAGGAUGCCAUCUGAAGUGUGCCUCAGUAUUCAAGAUAUGCUGACUGGUCAGAGACUUUGCCAAUCCAGUUCUCACAAUGAUGCUGUCCUGGCAGCUCUGAACCAACAAAGAAACGAUGGGAUCCUCUGUGAUAUAACUCUAAUUGCUGAAGAACAGAAAUUCCCUGCUCACAAGGCUGUACUAGCAGCAUGCAGUGACUAUUUCAGAGCAAUGUUCAGUCUUUGUAUGGUUGAAAGUUGUGCAGAUGAAGUGAAUUUACAUGGCAUCACAGGAAUAGGUUUAAAGCAAGCUCUGGACUUCGCGUACACCGGACAGGUUCUGCUGGAGCCAGGAGUGAUUCAGGAUGUGCUUGCUGCAGGUAGCCAUCUCCAGCUGCUGGAAAUGCUUAGUUUAUGUUCACACUAUCUUAUCCAGGAAUUGAAUAGCUUUAAUUACUUGGACCUCUAUAAACUUGCUGAUCUCUUCAACCUCAAUCUGCUGGAGAAAGCCGUGGUUGAUUUUUUAGUGAAACAUCUCUCAGAACUACUAAAUAAUCACCCCGACGAAGUCCUGGCGCUGCCAUAUUGCCUCAUCCAAGAGGUUUUGAAAAGCGAUCAACUCACGUCACUCAGCGAAGAACAAAUCUGGCAGCUAGCUGUGAGAUGGCUGGAACACAACUGCCGAUAUCAGUACAUGGAUGAACUUCUACAGUACGUUCGAUUCGGGCUUAUGGAUGUGGAUACACUGCAUACGGUUGCCCUCUCACACCCUCUUGUCCAGACUAGUGAAACUGCAACAGCACUGGUCAAUGAGGCUUUGGUCUAUCAUCAAAGUAUCUAUGCACAGCCAAUAUGGCAGACCAGAAGGACAAAACCUCGCUUCCAGUCAGACACUCUUUACAUCAUUGGUGGAAAAAAACGGGAAAUAUGCAGAGUUAAAGAGCUACGAUACUUUAAUCCUGUGGACCAAGAAAAUGUUCACAUUGCAGGGAUUGCAAACUGGAGUGAGCUGGCUCCCAUGCCGGUAGGAAGAAGCCACCACUGCGUGGCUGUAAUGGGAGAUUUCCUCUUUGUAGCAGGUGGUGAAGUUGAACAAGCGACUGGCCGCACAUGUGCAGUACGGACUGCUUGUAGAUAUGAUCCCCGUAAUAAUUCCUGGGCAGAAAUAGCUCCAAUGAAGAAUUGCAGGGAGCAUUUUGUACUUGGGACUGUGGAUGAAUUUCUCUAUGCUGUGGGAGGCAGAAAUGAGCUACGUCAAGUUUUGCCAACUGUUGAACGAUACUGUCCUAAGAAGAACAAAUGGACUUUUGUUCUGUCCUUUGAUAGGUCCCUUUCCUGUCAUGCAGGAUGUGUUGUGGAUGGUCUUCUUUGGAUAUCAGGAGGAGUAACAAACACGGCGCAGUAUCAGAACAGGCUAAUGGUGUAUGAUCCAACCCAAGUGCUGGAUGUUAGUAAGGAAGGAAAAGAAGAAGUUUUCUAUGGGCCUUCCCUUCCUUUCGCUUCAAAUGGAAUUGCAGCCUGUUUUCUUCCAGCUCCUUAUGCCACAUGCCCAAACCUGCAGCCUUUGCAAGUGCCUCAUCAUAAGAUGGGCAAUGUGUGA